CAGACAAAAGCCAAAGCACUCUAUACAAAGAGGAGAUACAAAACAAAAAGAGAGAUUGAGCAAUUAAAAAAUCAGCAACUAUACAAAGUUACAAACAAACCAUUAAUCCAAAGAGAUCAACAGUUCAACACCAUAAAUCCACCAAAGUUACAAAGGAAUUCAAAAGGUGAGGAGAGGAAUCCAACACCAAGAGAGGGAAAAGGGUUACAAAAUCUCCAUUACAGUUACAGAGAGGAAACCCAUCCCACCCCACCAGUACCAAGAACUAAGAACCCCACAACGAGAGGAAGAAAACUAAAAACUAGGGUUUCUUCUUCUCCUACUAGCAGCAGGCGUUUCGGAAUUAUAAGAGGACAUGUGGCUUCUCAAAGGGUAUUAACGACGUGUAAAAUCAGAAAUCUUAUUUCCGAAGCCAGAGAAAUAAUCAGAUGAGAUCUCAGAGCUGCCAACUUUGCUUCUUGAAUGGUCCUCAAGCUUUCAUGGCCGCGUUUCAAGACGGCUUACUCACUUUCUCCAGAACUCGUCCGUUGCGCCUCUUGCCAGGCAGAUUUCGCAACAGAAACCAUGAAGGCUCUGUACUUGGGAUUCUCUGCCGAGAAAUCAUACAUGGCUUUCUCCCAGAAAAUGUGGGAAACCAUGAAAGCCUGCGGGGAUCUCAAAUUGAUAUCAGAUGGUCGAAAACUUCAUGGCCACUUGAUUUCCACCGGCUUUCAAUCUUCUGUUUUCCUUCAGAAUCAUCUUUUGAAUAUGUAUUCUAAUUGUGGCUCAAUUGAAGACUCUCUCCGUGUUUUCCACGAAAUCAAGAACCCGAAUGUUUUCAGCUGGAACACAAUGAUAAGUGGCUUAGCUGAGUCUGGCUUGGUGGGGGAAGCAAGGCAGGUGUUCGAGGAUAUGCCUGAGAGAGAUUGUGUUUCAUGGAAUGCUAUGAUGUCAGGUUAUUUCCAAAACGGACAAUGUGAGGAAACUUUGGAGGUUUUUGUUUCCAUGAUGAGAGAUUAUAACUGUGUCCCAGAUCCAUUCUCUUUCUCCUGUGUGAUGAAGGCAUGUGCCUGCCUACAAUUCCUUGAGUUGGGACUCCAAUUGCACGGUCUUGCAAAAAAAUUUGGUUUUGGAACACACCCAACCAUCGGAAUUUCAGUUCUUGAUGUAUAUGUCAGAUGUGGAGCCAUAGAUUUUGCCCAUCAAGUGUUUUGUCGGAUUUCCAGUCCAACCAUUUUUUGCUGGAAUAGUAUGAUAUUUGGUUAUUCUAAAUCAUAUGGGGUAGGACAAGCACUAUUCUUGUUCAAUCAGAUGCCUGAACGUGAUGCUGUUUCCUGGAACACAAUAAUUCCUAUAUUGUCACAACAUGGACUUGGAGCCCAAACUCUUUCUAUGUUUAUUGAGAUGUGCAAUCAAGGUUUCAGACCAAAUUCUAUGACUUAUGCUAGCGUCCUCAGUGCAUGUUCUAGUAUUCUUGACCUUGAAUGGGGUAGACAUCUGCAUGCUAGAAUUCUGAGACUCGAACCAAGCAUAGAUGUUUUCAUGGGUAGUGGUCUGAUUGAUAUGUAUGCAAAGUCUGGAAGCUUAGAGAAUGCAAAGCAGGUGUUUGAUAAUUUAAGUGAACACAAUGUAGUCUCUUGGACUUCUCUUAUUGGAGGGUUUGCACAGAAUGGGCUUGAAGAACAAGCUCUUUUGUUAUUUAAUCAAAUGAGAAAGGCACAGGUUGCCUCGGAUCAGUUUACUCUUGCUACUGUUCUGGGAGCUUGUUCAAGCAUAAAAGAUAUUUUCCUUGGAACCCAGCUCCAUUCUUAUGCAGUGAAGAUUGGGCUAGAUUCCUUUGUUUCCACAGCCAAUGCUCUACUAACCAUGUAUGCAAAAUGUGAAAACACUCAGAUGGCAAUCCAUAUCUUUAACUUAAUGCCUGUUAAAGACAUAAUAUCAUGGACAGCAAUGAUUACUGCAUUCUCUCAGGCCGGUGAUGUUACCAAUGCCAGGACAUAUUUUAACAGGAUGCCGGAGCGGAAUAUAAUCACUUGGAAUUCAAUGUUGGCCACAUAUAUACAACAUGGGUUUGGAGAAGAGGGUCUCAGGUUGUAUACUUUGAUGCUGAGAGAAAACAUGAGACCAGAUUGGAUUACAUUUGCAACUCUCCUUGGUGCCUGUGCUGAUUUUGCAGUGUUGCGACUUGGCAACCAAAUUGUUGCUCAAGUCGUAAAAACUGGAUUAAGUUCUCAUGUGCCUGUUGCAAAUGGUAUUGUUACCAUGUAUUCAAGAUGUGGGCAGAUUCAGGAAGCGCAAAGUGUUUUUGAUUCUAUAAUUGAUAAAGAUUUAGUAUCUUGGAAUGCAAUAAUGACAGGAUAUGCUCACAAUGGUCAAGGAAGGAAGGUGAUCGAGAUUUUUAAAAACAUGUUGAAGGUAGGCCCUCCACCAGAUCACAUAAGCUAUAUUGCUGUCUUAUCGGCUUGCAGCCGCUCAGGUCUUGUAGCAGAAGGAAGGUUUUAUUUUGAUUCCAUGACAAAAGAUCAUGGAAUCUCUCUAAAGUCAGAGCAUUUUGCCUGUAUGGUUGAUCUUCUUGGUCGGGCUGGACUUCUAGAAGAGGCCAAGCAUUUGAUUGACAAGAUGCCCAUAAAACCAGGUGCUGGAAUUUGGGGAGCUCUUCUUGGUGCUUGCCGUAUCCAUGGAAACACGAUGAUGGCAGAAUGUGCAAUAAGAAAUUUGCAUGAAUUGGAUCCAGAAGACCCAGGAAGUUAUGUCCUAUGGGCCAAUAUAUAUGCUGAUGCUGGAAAGUUGGAUGGUGUUGCAAAAGUUAGGAAGCUUAUGAGGGAGAGAGGAAUCCGUAAAAAUCCAGGCUGUAGCUGGAUUGAAGUCAAAAACAGGGUACAUGUCUUUACAGUAGAUGAUGCUAGCCACCCACAAAUCAAUGAAGUCCACGGAAUGUUGGAGGAGAUUAUCAAGAAGAUAGAGAGCACAGGAUAUUAUGUAAGAAAAACUACUUUUGAUGGAUUCCGGGGGUACCAUAGUGAGAAGCUUGCUGUGGCAUUUGGGUUGAUACAUUUGCCUGCUUGGAUGCCCAUCCAUGUUAUGAAGAAUCUUCGUAUAUGCACUGAUUGUCAUACGGUUAUAAAAUUGAUAUCCCUUGUUACUGCAAGGGAAUUAAUAGUACGGGAUGCCAACCGUUUCCAUCAUUUCAAAGAAGGAUCUUGUUCUUGUGGGGACUAUUGGUGAUAUAAGGUGAUUAAAAUGGGUCUUGAGGAUGAUGUGUUUGUUGGUACCUCAGUUAUUGACAUGUACUGUAAAUGUGGGAGAGUAGAG